GAGACACCUGUCAUCACUCACCUGUCUGGUACCUGAAGAGCACUUAACAUUUACCUGACCGCUGGUUCUCUCUUUUUCAGAUCUGUGAGCAUCCACCUCCCUCCAGACGUUCAUUAGCUUUCAUCAUGAAGAUUCUGCUGGUCCUCUCUGUUCUCCUCUGUGCUGCUCUGUCCAUCAGGGCUGCAACAGUUGUUCCAGCUGAGGGUGCUGCAGUACCACAGGAUAACAAACCUGCACCAGAAUCAGAGAUGGAUGCUGCUACUCAUGUUGCUGAUGGUAGAGGACCUGUUCGACCUCAAGCCCGUUUUGAUUUCUGCCUUGAUGGUUGGCUUAGUUUCCGUGGUAACUGCUACUUCUUAGCCAACCAGGUUUCUUCCUGGAGCAAUGCAGAGCGCUAUUGUGCCGGCUUUGGUGGCAGUCUAGCUUCAGUCCACAACGUCUUGGAGUAUAAUUUCCUCCAGCGUCUGGUCAAGACUGGGGGCCACACUUUUGCCUGGAUUGGAGGUUUCUAUUUCCAGGGUUGCUGGAGAUGGGAAGAUGGCUCAGUGUUUGACUAUACCAACCAGGGAUCAAUGAGCUCCACUUCCAGUUACCAGUGCCUGCAGGUCAACUCUCAAACGUCCAAGGGCUGGUCCAAUAACGGCUGCACCAUUAACUACCCAUUCGUCUGUCAGAUAAAGCCAAACUGCUAGUCGUCACAGUGUGUGCAGUGCUCCUCCUGACUUCUACAGAUGAUACUUAAGCUGCUGUUUGUUCUUUAUAUGACUGCAUGUCACUGUCAUGAUUUGGCUAAAAUUAUACAUACACACUAUUUGCAACACAAAUCUCAGCACAAAUGAAUCCAUUGUUGAUUGUAUUCUUUACAUUACAUGUGAUUUAGCCGACGCUUUUAUCCAAAGCGACUUACUAUUGAUAUAUAUGUCAGAGACUAAAAUAAAAAUGUCCACACAAUUUGCAAAAUUCUACUCCAAUGAGCAAAACACCUCCACAGAUUUGCACAUUACACACAAUGUCUGCUUCACCAUUUUUGCAAAACAUUACACACAGUGAUUUGUAAAACUCUCACACAUUUUCACACCUUAGACACAGAUAAGGAUUGUGAGGUCACUUCCUUGUCAUUACAAAGCCCCAGAUUGCCAAUGACCACACCAAUAUACACAUUGGAUAAACACAUCCACCAGGUGUGGAAGCACACGUGCUAAUUUGAAAACGCAGCACUCAGGUGUGCUAUAUGGCCUGAUCCAGCCAGACGGAGAGAUGAUGAAUAGUUACAGUAUUCUUGUUGCUUUUACAGUAGUUUUUCUUCAGAGUCAAAGUGUAUGUACUUCAUGCAGUAAUUUUUA